CGAAGAUUUAUAAAUGUAAACACAACAGGGUCAUUCGGGAGACAGACACAUCGAGACGGGAAGGCUAUGGACCUGUAGACCAGCUGUUCGGUUUUUUAUGGAAGUUUUUCAGAAUUUUCAUAAUUUUGCGCUAACUACCAAAGUUGCAGUUCAUCCAGAAUAUAUGCAGUGGUGUAUGUGUUUUUAAUUACCGAUAUGGUCUCGUUUCUUAGUCUCGUUCAAGGCCCGAUCCAGGCAGCAUUACGUCCAGCAGUUUGGUUACCAGGCAUUCGUAAUCUUCAUAGUUACAAAGAAAAAUGGUUGUGCCCAGAAACAUUAUCAGAGGAUUGUGUGGAAGAGCUAAUAGAAGCAGUUGAACGAAUCAAAAUAUUGGAUCCAGAAACUACUUACAGAAUUCAUAAAGUAAACAAUAAUCUGUAUAGGGUGCAGAUUUUUAUCUACACAUGGGCAGAGUGUCUGGAUGUUGUGGAGAUUGAGUUCAGACCUGGUAGAGUAAAAGGAACUGAGGCUAAGUGCUAUUCCUUUUCAAGUGGAGUACUUCCAGCAUGGGUACCUUUUGGAUUUAUCUUGAAUUGUAUGUUUUUCUUUGUUCCAUUCUCUGACAACAAAUUCAACAGAAAACGAAUAGCAGGACUGAGAGAGGCAAUGGCAAUGUCAGUCCCAUGUUUUGCAGUAUCUAAAUAUGGAGGAAUAGACAACAUGACACUUGAAGAAGAUACUAUGUAGGAGGGCUAACAAUCCCAGACAUAAAUGAACUUAUUUGUGUAGUUUUCAAUGCCAGUCUAUGAAAGUUUCCAAAAUUGUAGUUGCUGAAACUUUCUUUGUUUUUUUUAAAUGUUUAAUUCAAAACUUUUUUUUUUUAAAGUGCAAAUAUUGAGUCUUCCAGCAUUUUUUGAAUAAUAACGAUGAAACCUUUAAUUUAUAUAUCAAGAUGUAAUGCAGGUGUGGUGAGUGUGUUUAGGUAUGUCAGGCCACCUGUGUGACCAGUAUCUGCUAGUAUGAUAUUUAAUAGCUAACAUAAUAAUUUUAAUAUAUUUUUCUAUUUUUUAAAUUUAUUUUGUAAAUAUAUGAUGAUCAUUAUGCUCAUAUUUCUGUUUUUAAGAAAAAUAUCUUGAGUGCUAUGUUAUUUAAUAUUUAAAGCAAAGCAAGCAUAAUUUUGUCCAAUUUUGCAAACAAAAUGUUUGAGGUUGCCGGUAUGAGCUCCCCUGCCUUAUUAUUCACAUGAUUCUGCUGCCUCUGUAAUUUACGAACUGUAGGCCUAUUUAUAUUUAUUUAUAUGGCUAUCAGUUAAUAUUCUCCUAUAUGUAACUGUGUACAUAAUGUACAAGGUAUAAAUACUUGGUAUUCUACCAUAACACUGUAGUUGUGUCUUUAUUUAUACAAACUUAAGUCAUCUGGUUAAUACCACUUUGUUUUUAUUGGGUUUUAUUCUAAACCAUUUAGUUAGUUUGAUUAACAUGUUGGUUAGCUUUGUAAUUUGGGUACUCUAUAGUUUAUAAUUUUCUAAAUCAAAAUUCAAAUAUUUUAAAUAUUUAUUAAAUAACUAUCAAUGUUUUCUUAUAAUAGUACUACUAAGAUAUUUUUUAAUUUGUAUCAUGUCGCAUAGAAUUAUAGUACCAUCUUGUCAUAUAUUAACACAAUUUUAUUGGAUUUUGCCUUUUUUCUUUUUAUUAUUCAUUAAAAUUGUAGUGCAAUAAAUAGGCCUAUUAUUAGGCUGUAUAGAGUACAUAAAGCAAGGAAAGCGAUGUAUUCUUGACGCACUAGAAUAUAAACUAAGUUUGCAUGCUGAGUAUAUAAAGACAAUUUAUAUUA